UGAAAAUAAAUCUCCAGACAUCGUUUUCAAACAACCGCUAUUGAAACGUAAUAGCAAUGAAAAUACUCCAAUACCCAAAUGGAAAUUGAACAUUCCAACGAGCCAACGACAUCUGCAAUGACAACAAGAAAUAUUCCACAACAAACAAUCAAACCACAACCUACAAAUUCCACGCCAAAUGCUAUAAUCAAAAAUUAUUCAGCCAGAAUGAAUGAAAUCAAAUACAUGGAAUUCUCUAAUUUAUAUUAUAUAAAUACUGAAAACAUUGAAAUGGACAGAAUGGAAAUGGCAGCAAUAUGGAGUUCCAAAUUUCCCAAUUCUAAAGACGUCAUUCUGAAAACCAAAUUAGGUUUUAUCCUGAAAUCAAAUAAUGAGAAAACAGUACUUCUCCGAGGUCUAGAGGAACUCAAGAAUGAAAAGAAAAUAGUAAACUUCAAAGAAACAACAAAUCAAAGAAAAACGAGCGAAAUUAAGGAACCUCAACAAACUUAUUCAGUUGUUAUUUCUGCUGUGGAAAUAAGUAUAAAAGACGAAGACAUAAGCCAAUAUCUCGACUCUAUGAAGAUUAAACACAGGUAUUGCAAGAGAAUAAUAUCAAGGAAAAACAACGUCCCAACUAAAUUCAUCAGAAUAAUAACUGGAGAAAUCAAAUCCUUUGAAACACUUUUGAAUAAUGGCCUAUUUUAUCUGAACCGACAUUACUUAGUUUAUCCCAGUCACCCACCAGAGCCAACACCGAUACCUUGUGGAAAAUGCUUUCAGUUUGAUCACAUUACAGAAAACUGCAAAAGCUCUCCAAAAUGUUCGAAAUGUCAAGGUUCGCAUAAAAUGUCACAAUGUAGAACCAAUAACACACCAAAGUGCCUAGCCUGCGGCGCAGAAGAUCAUUUAGCAUGGUCACUAAAAUGUCCAAAACACCCUAAGAAACCUAUCGAAGGCAUCCCUAAUACGAACAUCAAGCUACUUAACAGAAAAACCAGGGACAUUGAGGAUUUAACAAAAAAAAAACGAACAGAAUACACGCUCCCAUCUCAAUGCAUGAUGAUAUCAUUAACACAUACAUUCGUUAAAUAAACAAACCA